UAUAGUUUUCGCGUUGUCCCAUCAACGCAAUAUGAUAAAGUGCAUGUCACGUGUGAUUAAUGUCGGGAGUACCGUGUAAAGUGCCGCGCGAUUAUAGUAUUUUGCUGAAUAAUACGUGUGCGGUCGUAAUUACUUGUGUUUUCGCGAUUAAAUGGCAUGAAGAAAUAGCAAGAGAUGAACAAGAAAGAAGAAGAAGGAGAAGGAGGUCCGGGAAGGCAUCAGGCGACGGCGAAGUAACCAGAGAUCAUCUUUGUGUACAACUCCGCCGUUGCGCAUCGUAUCGACACGCACCACGAUGCACGUACGCCAAACUUCACGCCGCGAACCUGCGGAAAUGCGCAUUCGAAAUUCGAAUGACGUCGAGAUUCGAGUAAUCGACGCAAAAUGAG